CGCAACAAAUCAGUCAUGUCAUCAGUCAUCGACCAAAAAGAAUACCUGAAAAGAUAUCUUUCAGGAGGUGAUACUGAGGAGAAAAAGAAGAAGCGAAAGAAAAAACAUGGAGGACAUUCAGGAGUAGCUGUGAAGGCUGCUAGUGUACGUGUAUUAGAUGAUGAUGUGGACUUCCGAACCCUUGUCCGACCUGAUGCUGAUGAUGACAAGUCCAAAUUGCUUGAAGAAGCCGAUGAAGCUCCUUUGGUUGCGGGGUUUGUCGACGAGAGACCCGAAGAAGAAGUCAAGCUCGAGCAGUACAGGAAGAGUGAUAAAUGGAAAGUCAUAAAACAAGAUGAAGAGGAAGAACCAUCUAGGAUGCCAUCAGGAAGUCGAAGACCCCGCCAUGAUUCCUCAUCAGAUGCUUCUCCGCCUAGGAGACGACGUCAUGACUCUGAUUCUGAUCUAUCCCCUCCAAGAGGCACGUCAGGAGAGAUGUCCAGGAAAAGGCAUGAUUCCGAUUCCGACUUGUCCCCGCCUAGAGGAAGGCCAGAGCGGACAUCGAAGAAGAGACACGACUCUGAUUCAGACCUCUCCCCUCCAAGAGCCAGACAGGGACAGGCGCCCAGGACACGACACGAUUCAGACUCUGAUAUGUCUCCUCCGCGGCGAAAUGGCACGGCUGAACAUUCCCGGAGGGGUCGCCAUGAUUCAGAUUCCGAUUUAUCCCCUCAGAGAACUAGGGUCAAAGACUCAAGGAAAAAGCGGCAUGGCUCGGACUCUGACCUUUCACCUCCAAGACAUAAAAAGUCCAAAGAUUCUAGAAGUCGUAAUGAUUCAGACUCUGAUUUAUCACCAGUGAGGACUAAGACGAACAAUGGAGACAGACUAAAGCAAAGGAGGAGACAUGAUUCUGAUUCCGACAUCUCCCCUCCUAGGAGAAGAAAACCUAGUCCAGUUCAAAACUCCAGGAGGAGGCAUGACUCUGAUUCUGAUCUUUCACCUCCAAGGAUAUCAAAUUCUAAGAGGAAAGACCAAACUCGAUCAAAGUCCGGUAGGUCCAGUCGGGACCUGUCUCCAGUCAGAAGGAAAGGGCGUGGCUCUGAUGAUGACCUCUCUCCACCCAGGAGAGGGGGAGAAGGGAAGAGGAGAAGGAUGGACUCUGAUUCAGACCUUUCACCUGACAGACAAAGACCAAGCAAAUCUGAAGAUGGGAUGAAGCGGAAGCCAAAGACAACUCUGUCAGGAGCUAAGGCCGGUUUAUCAGAUGCAGCUGCCCUAAGGAGAGAGAAUGAAGCAACAAGACGAAGAACCAAUGAGGCUUACUCAAGGCUUGAUGAUGAUAUCAGUGGUAAAAAUGCAGAGACUGUUUUCAGGGAUAAGAGUGGUAAGAGGAGAGACUUGAAGGAGGAGAAACGAAUUAAGAAAGAAGAGGAGGCCAGAAAAGCUGAAGAAGAUGAGAAAUUCUUGGAGUGGGGGAAAGGAGUGGCCCAAGUCAAGAAUCAGAAGAACAGCAUUGAAGAUACGAUGAGAGAGAUGGCCAAACCUUUAGCGAGGUACAAAGACGACAAGGACCUGGACCAGAUGUUGAAGGAACAGGACCGAGAAGGAGACCCCAUGCUGGCGUUCCUGAAGAAGAAAGAAUCCAAGGCCAUGGCGAAGGCUGGGAUUAAAGAGAAACCAAGGUAUCGAGGACCGAAGCCACCACCGAACCGCUUCAACAUCCAGCCAGGGUACCGAUGGGACGGGGUCGAUCGAUCUAGCGGAUUCGAGAAGAAAUACUUCCAGAGAAUAUCGGACAAGAAGGCUACGUCAGAAAUCGCUUAUAAAUGGAGCAUUGAAGAUAUGUGAAUGAAAAUGAUAAAGAAGAGCACAACCAUUACUAAAAUAUUGGAUUCCGUUGUUGGAGCAGAACUUUUGGUGUAAGAAACAGAGUGGCUGCUUGAAAAUGAACAGAGGACUGUUUCUUGAGGCUCAAAUUUACACACACCUUGCGACCUAGAUAGCAUGCCAUGACAAGUUUUGUCAGUGACUUUCAAAGACAGAAUUUACAAGCUACUGCAAAUCCUUGAUUUUGAUUGGCUGAGAGCAAUGAGGGAAAAUCACUUUCAAAACUUCUCACGAAACGCUCUUUGGUUCUUGUGCAUUUGGGAUAACCCAUUUUUCGUCAAGGUCUCAACAAAGUAGAGCUGAAUAUAUUUAUUAUAACUCUUAAAAUGUUUUUAAAAUGGUCU